UGAGUUACGAGCCCAGUGUUCGUUCAGAGGUGGCCGAGAGAAGUGCAAUGAACUGUGGCAUCAGCCCGUCGAGGCGGUGCUGAAGUUGUUCUUCCGCAACGCAACCCGUUGACGGGCGGGCGGCCUUGGUUCUGCAGAGAACGUCUGGUGGCUCUGAUCAGAGUGUUCUAAGUGAUCCAACGCGGAAGACGCUCUCGAGGAGAUAACGGUACGGUUUCGACCGUCUUCCGGAUAGUCUCCGGAGUUCCUCUCGCUAAGUGCCAUUAGCGUGUGUCUGUUCUUCGUCACCGAAAUAAACAAAUUCCACGCACACUGACACAGAGUCAGAUCGAACCAGAGGCCGGAGGCUGUGCUGUACAAGAUCGCUUCGUGCUGCUGUCCCCGAUGGUCUAUUACUCGCCGAAAACUAAGACGGGCACCAUGAAGGCCGUCUACGAGAAGCUGUACGCCAACUGUUCGAUAUUCCGCAAGCUGCACUAUGAAGAAGUUCCCGAUUCGUAUGACUAUAGCCCCGGAAACCAUCACCACCAAUCGGCGUAUGGCCAACAUCACCAUCCCUCCUCACCGUACCAUCAGCAAACGCUGCAGCAGCAGCAACAACAGCAACAACAGUGCCAAUCCGAUGCCGGCAGUCCCACCAGCGAUGCGGUCAUGAUCAAGAUCGACGUACCGUCGCCGAUACGAUCCAGCGACGAUCAGCAGCGUUACCCGAAGGAGGUCCACAAAACGGUGCUGGCCCUCGUGUUCCUGGCACUCAACUUCUUCCUUGCCACCAUCUCGCUGUCGCUCGUGCACGAUCGUGUCCCCGAUCGGGACACUCACGAGCCACUACCGGAUGCAUUCCUCGACUGGGUGGCGCCCCAGGAUUGGGCGCUGGACGUCAGCGAAAUCCUCAUCAUGAUCGUGGUAAACUCGUGCGUCCUGCUGAUCGCCUUCCACAAGCACCGGUUCAUCGUGAUGCGCCGGGUGUUUCUGCUACUGUCCAUCCUCUAUCUGAUGCGCUCGAUGACGAUGUACGUAACGGUGCUGCCCGUGUCCAGCCGGACGUACUAUUGCAGCCCAAAGUCGAAUGCCAGCAGUGCGGGCGUGAUCGUGAAGCGCGCGUUUCAGCUGAUCUCCGGGAUGGGCCUGUCGAUCAACGGGAAGCAGAUCUACUGUGGCGACUACAUCUACAGUGGCCACACGGUGACGCUCGUGUUGGGCUAUCUGGUGAUUUCGGAAUAUUCACCGAGACGAUUUUGGCCCAUCCAUUGGUUGUACUGGGCGACGAGUUUGACCGGCGUGAUUAUGGUGUUGGUGGCACAUGGACAUUACACUGUCGACGUCCUGAUUGCCUACUACGCCACGACGCGGCUCUUCUGGACGUACCACACGUUGGCCAACAAUAGUUUACUGUUGAAGCAAAACGGCAACAACUACAUCGGACGCGAAUGGUGGUACCCAGGAUUCCGGUACUUUGAGCGGAACGUUCGCGGUCCGAUUCCACUACAGUAUGAUCUGCCAGUUUCUCUGCCUGCCUCGUGGACGAAAAAGAGUCCCAAGUUGCCGGGACGCGAAAGUUGAUGCCACCACACCCGCACGAUCAUCACCUGUUGCUACUCGUAAUGUCGGGCUACCGUAAAAGACACUGGAGUGCCAGGCUUUACCAUUGGAGGCAGCUAAAAGGGCUUGGCAAGAGACGAUGCGCAUCGCAUCAUGAUGAGCACUACGCUUCGAUAGUGCAUCUCUUGAGUGUUUAAGGGGAAAAACCGAAGUUCAAAACGCCUAAGACCAUCAUGAAAGACUUGAUAAGAAAGGAAACAAACAAAGGUUCCCUACCUGUUACUCAAAAUCCGUUUAAAAUCAUAUUUAAACAAUCAAAACCAACCUUUUUCCGUAGUCGGACGGAUGCGUGCUACGAAAAUACCUUUCCUACGCUCCAGAGGCACUAUUCUUCAACAUUUUAAAUCAAUCUUAAUUUUGUGUGGUUCUUUUCUUAAUGUUUUUGCCGGACGACGUCAGCGUCCAAAUUCAACUCUUUAGGUUUAGCUCCGGAUUAUUAGUAUGUUAGGGAGAAUAUUUGUUAAGUUGUAAAGUAGUAGUUCAUAACCCGCGAGGGCAUUUUUGAGAUUGUUUCAAAAAAGGCCAAAAGAAAUACAUUCAGACGGAGGCUGGAAGGUGGAAAAGUACCGCGAAAAGCGAAAGGGGACUGAGGGGCGUUGGAAAAUUAAUAAAACAACGAAAGGUGAUAAAUCAAUGUGCCGCCCCAACACAGCUUGACGGUGGAAAACGAUUUCGAGCGUGAGAAAAAGUCUUAAUGACGAAGAAACCAGGAACCAGGCUUGCAACAGGACGCGCGAUGCGCAAAGGAAGAAGGGUCCUUUGAGUUUGACGCUCGUGAGCAUAUUAUUUGUUGAAUGGUUUCGAAGAAAAUCUCAUCCAAAUGAACGACGAUCGCGCUCGCAUUUCGGCCACUGGGGACCCACACACUUGGAAGCCGGACACGAGAGAGAGUUAGUGUUUUGUAAAAGAUUAAUCGUGUACAUAGUAGCGUGAGGAACGAUAACUAACUGAUAGAAAGAGUUAAUUUAAACUGAAAGCCAAGAUCUUGACCGUAGGUGUCUUGUUUCGCGGGAGGCUUAGACUGUUAUUCGCGUGUGCCUUCUUUAUAUACUAAACCUAAAAUAAGAAACAAAAUCUACCUACUGCCUUGUGUAAGAGAAGUCGUGCGUUUUAAUAACUGUAAGCAAGACAGACAGAUUAAACUGCGCGAAGAGUGCAGUGCUUUUCACAAGUGAUAUGUAAAGUUAUUAUGAGUCGUUCACGUUCAAUUCGAAUACUUCCGGUGACAGCCUUUCAAAUAUUCACGACGCAUUGUGGAUCGAUUGAUCAUAAAAUCUCAGGUGCCUUUGGAAGUUGAACGACCACAAUCAUCG